AUGAGCGACAAGAAACGCGCCUUCGAUGGGACAGGCGAAACAUCUAGCAACAAAAAACUCAAAAGGCAAGCUCUCCUUCGCUCGCCGGACAUGCACCAAGCUAAUAUGGAAACCGACGAAUGUGGCCGCCGCGCCAGCCGUAAGUGUCUGCGCUACUCAGAAGAGACCUACAUACUGAUCGACCUCCGGUAUGUGCAGCUCACAGGUGCCGCCCUCAUCGCACAGAAGCGCGCGGAAAUCGCGGCCAAGCUGGCUGCGAUGAAGAACCCCGCAUUGUCCGCCGUCUCGUCCUCCGCACCCACUCCCGCCGCAGCGAAACCGCCGGCACCCGCAAUCGACACGAAGAAAGUGAAGAACAUGAUCCAGGAUGCGCAGAGCAGGCUUGCAGUGAAGGACAACCCGUAUGCCGCCGUAUCGCAAGCGUCGAAGAACAAAGCGCGAGCGGCUGCAGAGCCCGCACCACAGAGCGUCGGGCUGAAGAUGGCCGCCCACCCUCUACUCCUGGACACGACGCCCGCGGCUCCUCAGUCGAAGAAGGACCGUUAUAAGCCGAUGCAGCCCAAGUUCGCAUCCAUCAAGGCCAAUGUGCGUAACGCACCCACGCCGCCUCCGGCCCCGGUCGUGCCGGUUGUCGUCGAGUCUGCGAAUCCCUAUACAGCGGCAGCAGCGGCGGCGUCGUCAUCCAAAGAACCUGGAUUGUUCGAGGGCGCCCCACGGGAGCGCACUGGCCGGAAUUUCCGAUUCAAUCCCAAGGGCAAGUACGUUGCAUUGGGGAGCCAGAUGCGUCAGGAGCAGCAGCUCGAGGCCCUGAAGCAGCGUAUCGCGGAGAGCGCGAGGAAAGCGGGUUUGGAUGGGGACAUGGGCAUCGAGCGGGGGAUCAAGCGGCCUCCACCGCCAGAUGCUGAAUGGUGGGACCAGCCGUUGCUGCCCAACAAAAAGUAUGAGGAUAUCGAGCUUGGGAUCGAGCAUCUUAAUAUCCGGAACAACGAGUCGCCUAUUUCGAUAUACAUCCAGCAUCCCAUUCCCAUUCCUGCCCCUGGCGACAAAGACUCGGUGCAGCUGAAGCCCCUGAUGUUGACGAAGAAGGAACGGAAGAAGAUGCGUAAGCUCAAGCGGGCUGCCGAGCUACAAGAUAAGCGGGAUCGGGUGGCCAUGGGGCUUAUUCCCCCUGACGCGCCGAAAGUCCGGCUGUCGAACAUGAUGAAGGUGCUGACGUCGGAUGCUGUGCAAGACCCGACACGGGUGGAGGCGAGAAUCCGGCGGGAAGUAGCGAUGCGGAAGCACGUGCACGACAAGACGAACGCGGAGAGGAAGUUGACUGACGAGGAGCGACGUGAGAAGUUAGAGACGAAGAAGGCGGAGGAGGACAAACGUGGAGUAUACGGGGCGGUGUUCAGGGUGCUUACGCUAUCGGACCCCGCUCACCGUUUUAAAGUGCGAAAGAACGCAGAGCAGAACAACCUGACCGGAGUCUGCAUAUUCAACAAGCAGUUCAGCAUGGUCUAUGUCGAAGGGGCGGCCAAGUAUCUGCGACACUACAAGAAGCUGAUGCUCAACCGAAUCGAUUGGACACAGGCAGCCAGGCCUCGCGGUGGAGAAGACGUGGUGUUGGACGACGGUGGCGACGAUGGGGACAAGGCAAAGGCCAAAGAGGACGGCAAGGAGCAGCAGGAGCAGGAGCAGGACGGGGGCGUGCCACUCGAAGACAACAAGUGUGUGCUUAUUUGGGAAGGCAUGCUCCGGGAUCGGUCGUUCCACGACUUCAAGGGCCGGAGUUGUCCCACGGACCACGCUGCGAGAGAGUUGUUGGGGGAUAAACUGAAAGGCUACUGGGAUCAGGCCAAGAACUGGAAAGACGAGGACGAGUUUUAGGGACAACGCUAAGUCGUUUAUUGAAUAAUG